CACAGUGACAUGGUUGUAAGGGAAAAGAAAUUGGAGGUGGAAGUGAAGUUGAUACAUAAUGCAUCAAUAAUGAACGCAGUUGGAGUAUGUGCCUUACAAAUUUAUCAUUACGGAGAAAUUGUUUCAUUACCUUUCUCUACAGAGACAUGGAGACCUGAUAAUUUUUAUGAGAAAAUUCAAAGAAAUCGAGGACUAGAGCUACAUACUCUAUGCUUGUUAGAUAUACGAGUUAAAGAACCUUCAUUGGAAUCACUAUGCAUAGGAAAAAAGCAAUACAGGCAUCCUAGUUUCAUGCCAAUUGGAGUUGCUAUUGAUAAACUCUUAGAGGUUGAACAACUACCUGGAGAAUCAGCUUACAAUGAAGAAACACUGUGUGUAGGAUUUUCAAGGCUAGGAAGUGAGAAACAAAAGGUGGUGGCUAAGUCAAUGAAGCAAUUAAGAGAAGUUGACUUUGGUCAACCUCUUCAUUGCCUCACAAUAGUAGGUAAAACUCAUCCCGUGGAAGAAGAAAUGCUCGAUUUUUAUAGAAGUUGAAACCAUUUAUGUACAAUGUAACUUCAUUUUUACUAAUAAUUUACCAAAUAUUUUUUUUUCUUGGAAUGUCAGUUUAAACAUGUUUGAUAUCAUGCGGUAAAAUAGAAUAUUACUAAGCUUUUGAAGAAAAUGUACCAAAUAUUAUUACCUUUUGUGUUUCAUGAAAUAUCGUUUUACACAUGUUUGAUAUUAUGAUUUAAAGGAGAAUAAUAAUAUAAGUAUGUGUAGAAAAUGUACCAAAUGUUAUAAACAUGUUUCAUAUCAUGCAACUAAAUAUAAGUG